AUGGCCGAGCGCCCAAUUCAACUCAACGUUCUGUCCACCAUGAGUUCGGGUUUCAAGUUAAUGCUGCGGCCCCCGCCGCAUGUCGAGUUUCUGCAAGGUUAUCCUGGUAUUCCCGGUCAUGGGGAACGCAAGGGAGCUAUCGUCCAGGGGACACUCGAAGUAAGAGGCACAGUGAAAGCCAAAUGGGUCCGCGUCGAGCUACGCAAGAUUGAGAUCCUUCCUGGGGGAGGGCAGAACAAUACCUUUGCCGAAACCAUUGGAGAGCGUCCAAUCACGCUAUGGAGCGCACGGGACGAUGAGUUUUCAGAACUCUCAUCGAACGACUUUCCCUUCCAUAUCGCUGUCCCCGAGACUCUGCCCCCCAGUAUAGCUCUCGAACGCGGAUCUGCCAUCAAGUACGAACUCAUUGCCUCCGUUCAGCUCAAGGGCAAAAAGUCCUUGUUCAAGCGUGAUCCUGCACCUAUAUCCACAUACUCUGCCCCGAUCGUCAUCGAAAAGUUUGAGCUCCUCCAAGCCUGGCCCAUUUAUGCACAACCUCAAACCAGACAGAGCUCUGCCUAUGGCGUCACACUGGUCGCCACGUUUUCCCGAGUCGCAUUUGGACCGGGCGACGUUGUCCCCGUCGAGGCUGUCCUGCGAGCUGAUGUACCUGGAGAUGGAGCUAUUCUUCGAGCGUAUGAACUCACCGUCCGCGAAACCCUCAUCUUCCGAUCGAGCCCUCCCCAAGUUCCGCAGCACCAACAUCCUCAUCUCCAUUUGCACAGCCAACAACCGCCCCGCCGCACCCCCGCCGCACAGACUCGCUCCAACCUCAUCGCGGACCAAAAAGUACCCGUUCCGGUUCAAAUCUUCCCUGGUACACAGCACAAAUGUGACCUGGGCUGUCAUAUUCCACUCACCCAAACAAACGUAUCGGUCCGUACAGCGAGACAUAUCGAAGUGAAUUAUAUCGUUCAGGUCAAGGCGGUGUUGUCCACAGGAUCGAUGGUCUCGGUCGAGUUGCCUAUUACGAUCACGAAUUGGCAGCAUCAGGCUAGUGUGGACGUGGUUCGGCGAAUUGGCUAUUGCCCUGAGCUUGGCGGCAAAUCUCCCAUACCAGGUCCUCAGGCCGGGUUAUUCCAAGCCACAAAUGCGAUGGGGAAUAACAUCGCCAUUCCCGCUUCUCCCAACGGACAAAACAUUGCCCACUCUAAUGGUCCCUCUUCCACUGCCGGCUCACAUAGUAUCCCCGAGCGAGUUUCGAGAAGAUCGACGAGCGAUAAUAAUAAUGCACGGAGUACAUAUAGUUCUCCACCUAUUGGAUCACCUGGACGGGAGAACAUUGACGAAUUAGGCUAUAUACCCGCCGGAUCUCAAACUCAUUCCCAAACUGCGCCUAAUCGUCGUCCAGGAGGAGGGUCCUCAAGCGGCCCGUCCGAACCCGAAGACUACUUUGGCCAAACCGGCCCAUUGAAUAACAAUGCAGCCCCAGGCGCACGGCCCCAAACCGGGAACAGGAGAAGUAACCAGAACAGACUUACGAUUGUGAAUGGUGAUCCGGAUGAUACCAAGGUCCUCAGUGCAGAAGAAGAGAAACGACGGCUCAAGGAAAAGUACGAAGAGCGGGAUCGGAGGAAGAGCGGGCGACCUGCGAGUGCUGGUGGUUCGGGCGCUAGGCCGGGUACGGCCAAUAGUACUCAUGCUAAUGGUGGGGGCAGACAAAACGGAACGAGCGCCUGGCCGACUGCGGAAGAGGAGAAACAACGACUGUACGAUAAUGCUCGGAUGGUGGCUAGCAAAACUCAACAGUCUGCUGGACACCAAGUCGAUUUGGGACAUUCUGCCGGAUCGUCGUCUUCCCCCCAACCGAGUCAGGGUCAGAGUCAAAGCCAGAGUCAGGGUCAGUGGCCCACAGCUGAAGAAGAGAAGCGGCAAUUGUUUGAAAAUGCGCGAAAGGCGGCUCAGAGGACACAGAGUACCGCUUUCGAUGCGGGUGUUCCGCAUGCCCAGGACGAGAAGGGGGCAGUGAAGAAGGGCGGAGACAACUUUGCGGGCGGUUGGGCGUUUAUGGCUCCCAAGACUGAAGGUUCUGUCUCCUAUCCACAAGAACAACCGCAACAACAAAGUUCAUCUCCUCCCGCCCAACAAUCACAAUCGCAGUGGCCAUCAGCAGCCGACGAGAAGCGCAUGCUCUUUGAUCGUGCCCGGGCCGCUGCUGAGAGAACUCAAGCCCAGGCGACGACUCCACCGGAAGAAACGAGCUCCAACUCGAUCUCGGUCCCAUAUGCUCCAUCUUCCGUCGAACCCCGUGUUUCGUCGCCUGUUUCGAUGCUCCCUUCUGUAGGAGGCGGAUUUAUACCUCAGACUUCUCCUGGAUUACCUGGCCUCACACCAGCAGGGAACAAAUCUGGCGCAGAACUGUAUGCUGCCGGUCUCGCUGCGAUGGGAAGGCAAAGUAUGUAUCCUUCUUCAACCCCAGCUCCUGUGCAGGCGACACCAUCGACCCAGCCUUUGGGGGUUUCGGCGCCACUAUAUGCUGGGAAUGGGUCGGGGUCCAGUGUACCGUACGCUGCUAGCUCUGGUUCAGCCCCAUCAUAUGGAACCGGUUCCGGUUCAACCCCCCCUUAUUCAGGAGGCUCAACUUCAACUCCACCCUACGGAAGCGGCUCGACCCUUUCCCCCUCUCCCUCGUCCAAGCGGUUCCCGAGUGCCGCGGAAGAAAAGGCCGCGCUCGCAUAUAUGGCAGCUAAACAACGUGUUGAACAAGCGCGCGCAAACGAGUCAGCUGCGUAUGAUGAUGGUUCAAACCUAAGCGCGUACGGCAACAACUCGAGUCCUGGUGGGUAUGGUGGAAAUUCGAGUCCGGGUGCAUAUGGCGGGAAUUCAAGUCCGGGUCCUAGCCCGACUGUCCCGGGGUAUGAUUCGAUUUAUGGGAACCAGACGACUCUGCCCGUGGCCUAUGGUCAACCUGUGGCACCGUCCCCGACGCGCCCGUUGAGUGUGCGAAGGUCGCCUCAGCAAUUGACGGCUUCCCCACCAGCGUUUACAAGCGACCUACCGCCCGGUUUCGCGCCCAACCCUGGGCCAGCCGCAAGCGCUCUUUCAGCUUUGGAGGAAAAGGCAAGGUUGCGGAGGCAGUAUGAGGAACAAGACGCUGGAAUGAGCUACCUUUCGCCUACGUCGCAGCCCACAGGUCCGCCACCUCCUUCGCCUCCGAGAUUUUCGCCUUCUCCCUCGUCCGGGUAUGGCCUGUCGGCUCACGACGAGAAGGAGCGCAUGCGGUUGAUGUAUGCUGAACAAGAUGCUGCGGUUCGAACUAAUGAGCGACAAGCGACGAAUGAUAGUGGCCAACGCCCGGCUCUGCCAGUCCCUCCUCCUGCCCCUGACGGCGCCCCUCCACCUUUUGCAGGAGGUUUUAUCAAUCCAGCUACGUUCAAACCUCUUUCGGCCGCUGAAGAAAAGGCGAGAUUGCGCGCACAGUAUGAAGCUGAAGUAAACGGAACUUCGAUGGGAGGAUCAAGCCAUGAGCCUCCUCCACCCGAGUAUGGGCUCCCGCCCUCCCGACAGGCGACGAUUACUUCCCCACCUGAACGAAAUGCCACUUUGACUCCAAGUAAUUACUCAGACGGAGGAUCAAGCAUUGGUGCAACUAUUCAACGGGAUCCGAGCAUCUCGUGGGGAAAGAGACGUGCGGCUCAGACUCCUGCCCCGGUUGAGGAAGAGAGUCGAUCAACAUUUGUGGCUCCCCCUCCUCCGCCACCGCUUUUACCUAAACCCCCUGCUUCGUAUAUUCAGGAAACGCUCGAGGCUCAUCACGCACAGAAGAACUGGGACGGUUCGCGCCCUCCUUCGAUGGACUAUGAAGCUCUGGCUUCUCCCACUGCGCUCGUCGCACCUCCUGUUCCCCCUAAACCUGCUGACUAA